AUGGAGACGGCCAUUCGCUGGUCUCCAUCCUCCACCACCGCGGAGCAGCGCUUUCUCUCCGUCGACGUGACGGGCAAGAUCUUCCGCUUGUGCAGGGUAACCUCGUUCGAUGGCCACACCCUCGACCAUCAAGUGCUGUCCACGCACACUAAAGUCCCUGCAUUUCGCGCCUUCGAUUGGUCCCCUGUCGAUGAGUCGUUGGUGGCUGUGGGCCAGUCGUCUGGAGACGCGACCAUUCUGCGUAUGAGCAGCGACUCCCAGGAGUCCUUCUCGUUCCCCAUUCGUCAUCAACGGUAUUGUAAUGCCGUGGCAUUCAGUCCCCACGGAUUGCUGGCAGCCGGGCUGGAUCGCGUGCGCAAUGACUUCUGCCUCAAUAUCUGGGACGUGACCCAGCGUUUGACCAUGAAAGCCUCCAAGGGGUAUGUGGAGCCCUUGCGGAAACUCGCCAGCUCCGAGCCCAUCACCAGUGUCAAGUUCUUCCGAGAUCAACCCGAUACAUUGGUGACGGGCGUCAAAGGCCAGUACGUCCGGAUCUACGAUUUGCGCGAAGGCCCCGGCAAUCCCUCCCUGCAAUUCCCGACCCGCUGUGUUCACAAUCUGGCCAUUGACUGGCUCGAUGAGAAUUACAUCGCAUCCUGCUUGACAUCCAAUGACCCGACGAUCUGUAUUUGGGACCGUCGUGUCGGCUCCCGCUUUGCCACCCCCGGUGUCGGCCCCGUCGAAACCGGCCAGCUGGGUCCGGCCCUGGAGUUUUCCAACGUCAUUGCCCCUAAGUCGUCCAUCUGGAGUCUUCGCUUUUCCAGGACGAAGAGAGGCUGUCUGGGGGUGCUGGCCAAUACCGGCCAUUUCAAGACCUACGAUAUAGCCAAGGAGUACUUGCCCGAGGAAUAUCGCUCGUCCAUGGAUGAGACCCUCGGUCACGGCUCCUCUACAAACUAUCCAGAGCAGAUCUACCCCAAAUAUAUCCGCGAUAUCUUUUCUCCCUUCAAUCAUUCGACCCGCGGCUAUGCCGAGUCCAAACGGGUCGUCUCCUUCGAUUUCCUGAACAUAAGUUCUUCCAACAACCCCAGUGUCAUUACGUUAUCGGGUGAGGGCCACGCCAGCAUUGCCACCGUGAAGCCUCCCCCUCCCCCUGUCCGACUCUCCUCUCAGGGCUCGCUGAUCUGUGGGUGGGCCGAUGAUGAGGAUUUCAAAAUUACCGGUCCGCUGCAGAGUCCUGGCUCGAGUGUCUCGGAGGUCAUUGGAAGUCUUCAUGAGCGCCGUUUACCGCCCAACAAAUCCGACCAAGGUCGAUCUCGUGCGAGCCGCUCGACAAAACCACUGUCCAGUCGGGAGGCCCGUGAACGCGUCCUGUCGCUCGGAACUUCGGGCGAUCCGCUUACGGCAGAAGAGGCGUUGACCCUGUUGACAGUGAAUCGACUCCGGUGCCAAGAAGGCUACCUGUUUGAUGAAUCCCGAAAUAAAAUGAUUCUGGCCGACGACGCCUGUCUUCAAGGCUUCUGGGACUGGGUUCAACGUGCACGGUCGGAGUCGUCCAACGAUUCGAUGAUCGUACAUGGCUUGGAUUUGAACUACCUGGGGGUGUGGGACGUGUGGAAUAAUAACUUGGGCGAAAGUCUCGAAGCCCGUCGCGUCGGGCCGAGUAGCGCUACAGAUAUAAACGAAGUGAUCACUGACUUGGUUCGGGAGCAACUACAUUUGCCCGAGACCAAGGGCUGCGAGACCGACUACGUGGAGCAUCGCCGGCUGUGCCUCCGACUUUGCGGUGCAGCGCAAUCCCACCGUGAAUUAGAGGAGACCGUAAAGACUCUGUCGGCGGAGAAUCAGCAUACCAAAGCAGCUGCUUUGGCUGUCUUCCAGGAUGAACCCAAGCUGGCUUAUCUAGCGUUGCGUAGUCAUGAGCCCACCCAAGCCCAUAAACUGCUUGCCAUGGCGAUCGCAGGUGCCGCAAAAGGCGACACCGACUCGGAUUGGGAGGACACGUGCGCCGAAAUCGCAAAAGAGCUCACAGACCCCUAUUCGAGGGCGAUUUUAGCCCUCGUGAGCAAGGGAGACUGGAACUCGGUCAUCGAGGAGAUCACGCUGCCCUUGAAGUACCGUAUCGAGGUCGCCUUGCGCUGGCUCCCCGAUGAUGAACUCACUACGUACCUUAACGAGACCACGGAAGAGGUCAUUCGUCAGGGUGAUAUAGAAGGCAUCGUUCUUACGGGUCUAGGCCAUUCCGCCAUGGAUCUAUUCCAAUCUUAUAUCAACAAGUUCAAUGACGUCCAGACCCCCGUAUUGGCCAUGAGCCACACCGUCCCGCGUUUCAUCAACAAUCAUCCCAACCGUGCUCGCUUCGAAACCUGGCGCGAGACAUACCGUGGGCAGAUCAAUUCCUGGAAACUUCAACUCGAGCGGGCUCGAUUCGACGUCGGAUCGCGCAAGUUCGCCGUCACCUGGGACGGCCGAAAACUAGUCGAGCCGCCGCGACAGCAAGUCAGUUUGACCUGCAACUAUUGCACUCGGCCACUGACCCAGCACGACGCCUCCUCGCAGCUCUCGCCAUCUACGACGGGAGAAGUGGUGCAUCCGACCCCGGGGAAUCCACUCGGCACGGCCGCCAUGUCAGGCAUGCUCAUCUUGAACCGCUUCCACCAUCUCCUCCGGAAGAGCGUCCCAAUCACCCCUCUCCGUACGGUAUCCUCCGCAAUGCCUCGACACCUCAACUCCAAAGGCAAAGAAAACUCCGGACGCGACGUGACCAUCUCAAAAGCCCUAAGCUAUAUCCUGCGACAUGCAGCUGAAAAAGAAGGCGUCGAGAUAGAUAGUCAGGGAUACGCCAACGUGGCGGACGUGCUCGCUUGGAGAAAGCUCAAGUCGUUGAAAGCAACGUUCCCGGAGAUUUUGCAUGCCGUCUCUACGUCGGAUAAGAAGCGGUUUGCCCUGCUGCAUAUCCCCUCUGCGGAGACGGAGACGAAUGCUUCUGCUAAUACGACAACUACGACUACAAAUACCAAGAACAAUGGCAAGGGAGACGUAAUAUGCGAGCAGGAUCCGACUUCAAGCAGCAGCAUAGCGAUUCCUAUGACAACUGAGGGGCAGGAUACGGCGACAACGACGGCGCUUACGGUGAGCGAUUCGGAUCCUUCUCACUUCAUGAUUCGCGCGACACAGGGGCAUAGUAUUAAAAGUGUGGAUGCGGCAUCAUUGCUGGAGAAGCUCACCCUGGAGGACGAAUCGAAGCUACCGAAUACUGUGGUACAUGGGACAUUUCAUGCUGCUUGGCCGGAGAUUUUGAAAUCGGGCGGAUUGCGAAGUAUGGGACGGAACCAGGUCCAUUUUGCGACAGGGCCAACAUUAGAGACAUUUGUCCCUUCGCCUAUUGGAACCCCACCGCGUACAGAUGAACUGCAGGUGAUAUCGGGAAUGCGACGAGAUGCUCAAGUUUUGAUCUAUAUUGAUAUCCAGCGAGCACUGGCUGCUGGGUGCCCGUUCUGGCGCAGUGAGAACGGUGUCAUUCUCAGCGAAGGGAUGCCAACUGGAAAGGGCGAGCACAUGGUUCCGUUGGAGUUCUUCGAUGUUGUCGUGGAGCGGAGACUGGGUAUGGGGAAGAUCUGGGAGAACGGACAGAUGCUCCAGGAACUGCCGGCAGAGUUGACCAAGAGGAAUAAUCCCAAGGGAAAACGGUUGAAUGGGAAGAGUUAA